AUGAAAGGAUUUGUGCAUACCACUUCUCAAAGCAGCAUUCGGCAGCGCCGUGGUGAUUCGGAUGCGUCCUUGUACGAGCGAGAAUCCAGCGCCAGCUAUGCUACUCGACAGAGUAGCAGACGCCAUUCUGGUGCCAGGCGCUCCAUCGGCAACUUGUUCCCGCUCACAGGUGCCGGCAAUGCGAAACAUAUGUUGCACAUUGCCUCUCGUAUUUCGAAGGAUGUCAACUUGUUGUAUGCAACCAAAGCAGAGCUUGAGCAGGCAGCAGAGGCAGCUCAAGAGCAGCAGCAGGCAGAAGAAAACGCGGCCGCCUUCACAACAAGCUUCAUAAAUGAGCCGGUUGAGGAGGAAGGCUCCGAGAAGGAGUACAGCACGGGUAGCAGCUCGAACAGUUCCGGUCAAGAUGACGAAGAUAAUGUGCUGGAACUUGACAGUGACCUAGAGGACUAUGAUCAUGAAGCUGCCGGAGAACGCAUAGGUUCAAUGCUGGAGAACUUGAAGUGUCAAGAUCGCAUUGACAUCAUGGAUUCGCUACAUACAUUUUACCAGAUUCGAAGAGAAGCGGUAGAGACGGAGAUGGAGGAACUUGAGACAUUGGAGAAGGAGUACUACGACAGGGAUGAGGAGACCAAGGAAUCUUUGAACAGCAUGGUGAGGGCAUUCGAAUCCAAAGGCAUGACGGAAGUGCAAGUGCUUGUGAAGUGUAGUGCAACCCUCCAAGCCGGUGCCAAUGGCAGCUUUCGUCAACGACAAAAGUUCUCGAAGGCUGCAAAGGCAAAGAGCAGACCACCCGAGAGAAAGGUUUCCAUGGCAGAGGACCACGAAGAGAAGGAACAGAAGGAGACUGAAGAGACCGAAUGGAAACCGAAACGCUCAUUGAAGCCCUUCUUCCAAGACGAGGUGAAGGAAGAGGUCAAGGAGGAUUUGCCGGAAGAGGAGGAGGUGCAAGGACCCGUUGUGACCGAAGAGGACUUGAAGGAUCAAGAUGUGUGGGAUCUGAACCGCGCGCGGGAACUCUGGAGUCGGAUGAAUGAGAAAGCUGUGAAGGUGGCUGGCGGCAAAGGCUCGGCGAUCGAGAUUCUUCAGGCGAUGGUGGUGGUCCAGGAAGGGAGUGCAGAGCUGCAGCGACGGGCCGAACUGGCAAAGAAGGCCACAGCCACAAUGAACACGGCCCUCGAGUUUCUGACUCGAAACUUCAAUGCCGGCAUUGUGAUUGACUUCGAGAACCCUUCGCCCGAUGAUGAAGCAAUGGUGGAGUACGCAAGACGCCUGCGGAACAAACUCUUAUCGGAAACUGACAUGGACGAUAUGGACGAAGCACCAGAUGCUGAGGAGUUGGAGGAGGAAUGCCAAGAGCUUGAACGCAUCCUAGGGGAGCAGGAGAAAGACAUUGAAGCGUUUCAGAAGCAGCGCGAAGAGAAGGAAAAGUCGCAGGAGGAAGAACACAAUGCUAAGCUCGAACAGCUCCUGGAUGACCAAGCUGACCCAGACGCGGACCCUGCAGAAGAACGCGGAACGGCCUCAAAACAAAGCAAGUCUGCUGUCCUGGACGCGCGAUUGGAGGGACUUCAGAUCCAGGGGGCGCAGCCGAAAGCAAGUGCCGCACAGAGGAUGAAGAUGGCAGCCAGGACAGCAGCUGCCAUCUCUGCGAUAAACAAGGAUGCGCCUGCUGCCGGAGCUCCCCGCAACUUACACUCCGUGGAGGAUUUCAAAGACGAUCCCAAGGUCAGGAUGCUACGUGAGCACAUUGCCACCAAGGAUGGCCAAAUCGACCAAGCUCGGAAGCUGUUGAAGCGGAUGCGCUUUGAGAGACGACUUCUUCAUUACUGCCGGAAGAAGGCGAAAUCCGGAUUUGAUGACAUUGUCCAGGAGUUCGAGCCGCCUGCUUUCGAUGAUGUUCCCUCUGCGGAUGAGGCUUCCCAAGAAUCCGCCAGUGAGGAGGAGCUCCCGCCGCCUGAAAAGGAGCCGCCGCCGUCAGAGCCGGAGAAGCCUCAGAAGCCGGAAACAGAGAAGCUUGAGAAGCUUGAGCCGAGCCAAAAAGAGCAGCCAGAGGCGGAUGGGCACAAGGAGGCUGCAAAGCCAGAGGCUGCAAAGCCGGAGGCUGCGAAGCCAGAGGCUGCAAAACCAGAGACCCCGGCGGCCAACAGCGCGAGGGCCCCUGGCCAGGGGGUCCCGUCGGCACCAUCGGGCCCAGCCUUGGUGAGCAAGAUCAUGGACCUAAGUGCCAAGAGCAACGAGGGUCUGGAGAUCGAAGGUCAGCUGAAGAAAGAGGUCGAAGACUUGCAAGUAGCCUUGGCUGACAACUCCAACAGCCUGCGGGAGGAGAAAGUGCGCCAGAAGACGUUGCGCAAGUCCAUCAAAGACCUCCGCAAAGAGUUCCACCAGCUGUCUUCAAGUGACCAAGAUGCUCCCAAAACGUUGGAAGGUCUGCAGGAGCAGAUCAAGUUCGAGGAGAAGGUGUAUCGUGACCUUCAAAGUCAGAUAGAUGAGCUCAAGGCCCAGGUUGGGCAAAAGUCAAUCAACACAGGUGAGCAGGAGCAGCAGAGCCAGCCACCAACACUUGCACAGCCAGAGGACACCGAGCUUUCGCGCCAGACAAGCCCUCGAGCAGAGUCGAGACCGCCCAGUGCAAGAGAGUCCAGACCAUCCAGUGGUGGCCGAGACAGAUCGACACCUUUGGGUGCAAGAGAUGUGGAGUCGCCCACUGGGGUCGCCGCCGACCCACCGAGAGCAUCAAGCGCGAGGGCCGAACCCACCAGAUCUUUCAGUGAAAAGCCCGACCCACCGGCGAGGUCGCUCAGUGCACUAACCAGCCAAACCAACCUUCACGAGCCAUCGAGGUCUCCCAGUGCUAGGUCUGGUCCAUCACGACCUACCAGCUCAAGGAGCAUUCGUGGCAAAGGUGAGGAGGAAGAAGGGGAUCUUCCAUUGGCUUCGAGGGACGGCCGCAUCCCACCGGAGGACCCCGGAGAAGCCGGCAAGGCCCGCGCAACGCUGGACCAGCAGCGCGCGUCCGUGGAGUCUGGCGAUGCGGAGCGUAUCGCCUCGCAGCUCGCUCCGCAGAGCCGCCCACAGAGCGGCGCCUCGCAGAGGGCCCCGCGCAGCGCCCCAGGGGGCUCCGCGGAGAGCGGUCCGCGGCGCUCCACGGAGAGCGCUCAGAGCCUCCCUCAGAGCGCUCCGGCCUCGAAGGCUUUGCUACCCCCAAGCGCACCCGAGGAAGGCGUGUCAGCACAGGAGGAGGCCACCACUUCGGUGGCGGAACUCGUCAAAGUUCAAGCUCGGACGGAGGCGAUGCGGGAGGAAAUUCACGACAUAGAUGCGAAGCUGAAAAAGCUGAAGGUCCUCCUGAAGAGCAAAGGCGAGGUUGACAUCGUCAGCGCGGUCCGCGAGAUCUUAGGCUUGGUGCACGAAGAGGAGGUCAAGGCGCCACCUGCGUUCCAUCAGUUCAAGCGGGAGCUGAAGGACCAGCAAGACAAGAUUCGAACACUCCGCAAGAAAUGGUGGGAUGACCAUCGGGACUUUGAUGGCUUGGUGGAGAAGGUUCGAAAUCAGAUGGGCGGAAACAGAUUAAUCUUCGCAGGGCCAGACAGCACGGAGCCUGACCUUACAGUGCAAGGAGCGGAGCAUGCAUCUGCUCCUGUCCGGGCCAACGUUGGAGAGUCCCCGCUGCCCGACUUGCACCAGGCGCAGGCGAGCCAUGGCUUCCGAGGAUCCGCGAAUGCACCGGCCAUCAGGCCCCCGUCCAAAGAGACAAGCAAUGCUGCUCCCCAGCAGGGCGGACACCGAAGGAUGAGCGGGCUGAAAGGCUUUGGCGCAUUCAGUGCGAUGAAUCAAGGCACCGUGAUGAGGGCCGUAGCUGUGGCGGACGACAACCCGCGGUCGCAGUUUACCAAAGUCAUGCAGGCUACAGCGGCUACGGAGGCGCGCAAAAGCCUGAAAUCGCUCUUCGGCUAA